UUGCAGUAGUACUAUCCCAAAAACAUAGUUAAUUAAAGAUCAUUUGCUUUUUAUCACUUCAUUCUUCUUCCUUUUUGAUCACAUAUAUCCAUACUCAAGAUAUUAAGCAUGGGUUCAAUGCUAGACGAUCAAAAUGAUAUUACAUCAAAUGAAGAAGAGGAAUGGUAUCAGGCAAUGCAAGUAGCUACAUCUGCAGCUCUUCCUAUGGUCUUGAAAGCUGCCAUCGAUCUUGAUUUGUUAGAGAUCAUUGCAAAAGCCGCCGGUUGCAAGCUCUCACCUACUGAGAUUGCCUCUCGUCUUUCUACUACGAACUCUGAUGCUCCAUCAAUCAUUGACCGCAUUCUUUGUGUUCUAGCAAGUCACUCUAUCCUAACAUGCGAUCUUGCCACUAGCAAAGAUGGACAUGUUCAAAGAUUAUUUGGUUUAGCACCAAUUGGAAAAUAUUUCCUUCACAAUGAUGAUGAAAUGUCCAUUAUUCCGGCCCUGACCAUUUCCGCCGACAAACGUUUUUAUGAAUGUUGGUAUCACUUGAAAGAAACAACAUUGGAAGGUGGCGCCAUACCCUUUGUGAAGGCAAAUGGGAUGCAUUUGUUUGAGCUUGCUGCCAAAAAUGAUGAAAUAAGACGCAACUUCAACAAUUUAAUGGGCAACCUCACUGCCAUAGUCAUGAAAAAAAUUCUGGGAAUAUAUAAGGGGUUUGAAGGCAUAAAAGAACUGGUAGAUGUGGGAGGCGGAUUGGGUACAAAUCUUAAGCUCAUCGUUUCUCAAUAUCCACAACUUAAGGGCAUCAACUUUGAUUUGCCUCAUGUUAUUAAAGAUGCGCCCCAUUUCCCAGGUGUUGACCAUGUUGAAGGAGAUAUGUUCAUCGAAGUUCCUCGAGGAGAGGUUAUUUUCAUAAAGUGGGUACUUCACGAUUGGGACGAUGAUCGAUGCUUGAAGUUGUUAAAAAAUUGCUACAAUGCUCUACCAGAGGUUGGUAAAGUGGUAGUGGUGGAAUCAAUUGCGCCGGAGUUACCCAUGACUGACAAUGUGACUAAGAAUACCUUAACAUUUGACAUAUUCCUUCUUAACGUUCUCGAUGGUGCAAAGGAGAGGACAGAGGAAGAGUACAAGGCAUUGGCAAGAAAAGUGGAUUCACAACUUUUAAACUUGUUUGUUGUGCUUAUAGCUAUUGGGUGAUGGAAUUCCACAAGAAUGUUGAGAAACAUUCAUCUUAAUUAUGAUCACCCAUGAUCAUUCUUAGAUUACGAAUAAAUGAUUUUGGAGUACGUAAUUUCGAUGUUCUUGUUGGUUAUUAUUCUUGCACUUGUUCGUACAUGUUCCAGAUGUUAUCCUUGAUUCAUUCAUAUUGGAAUCACCUUCUUUCAUUCUAGCAUGAGAGAUCAAAACAGUUUGGUUGCAAUGAUUAUCAGAAAAAAAAAUAAAUAAUAA